AUGGAGACUCUCUUCUCUGCAAUCCUAGGAGAACUCACCAGUAGAUCCGUCUCCUUCUUGAUAGACAGAUGCUCCUCGAAGCCGUCAUCGCCGCCUAUGGCGGCGACGUUCAUGGAGGAGAAGAUUCAGAGACUGGAAAGGAUGCUGCUCCGGCUCGCCACCGCCAUCGAAGAGGCAGAGGGGAAGCACAUCACAAACCAAGCCAUGCUUCGUCAGGUCAACAUGCUGAGACAAGAUAUGCACAAAGGCUACUAUGCUCUUGACACCUUCAGAAUUCAGAAACACCAGGAGGAGGACAUGAACGACGACGAUGACAAUGAAGUGAGUUACAACACCUUAUCUUUGUCUAAAUUCAACUCUAUCAAGCGAGCUCGAGUCCUUACUGGUACUAGACGACAUGGAGAUAUGAGAGAGUUCGAUCAGAUGGUUGACAUCAUAGAGAUCACCAUGGCUGGCAUGGCUGAGUUUGUUAUGCUUCUGAACAACUAUCCUUCCAUGCAUCGUCAACCAUACAACACCUACAUGUUCAUGGACAAGUGCAUGUUUGGGCGCCAAAUGGAGAUGGAACAUAUCAUCAAAUUCUUGUUACAUCCAGAAACUCCAUAUAGUGACAUAUUUGAUGUCCUAUCAAUCAUUGGUCCUGCCAAAGUUGGGAAGAGCACACUUGUUGAGCAUGUUUGCAAUGAUGAGAGGGUGCGCAACCACUUCUCUCGCAUCAUCUUUCUUAGUGAUAGCGAUUUGAGCGAGCAAAAAUCAUUGCUUAUCCUAAGAGAUUCAGGAGUGAUAAGGCAUAAACACAACUCAUCAUUAGCUUCAAGUGGAGGAGAAAGAUUAUUGGUUGUUGUUGAGCUAACUGAAGAUGUUUCCGAUGACGAAUGGAGAAGGAUGUACUCCUCUUCUCGAAGUUGCAUUUCAGCUGGAAGUAAAAUCAUAAUCACAAGCCGAUCAGAGAAGAUUGCAAAGCUUGGAACAACACAACCUCUUCGCCUAAAAUUCUUGUCUCGAGAAGCUUACUGGUACUUCUUCAAGGUUCUCGCAUUCGGAAGCUCAGAUCCUAAAGAUUACCCCGAGGUGGCAUCGGUAUCAAUGGCGAUGUUUAAUGGAUACUUUGAUCGUGAGAUGUACAAUACUUUCAUUGGACCAUUCAUUGAUCUGAACAACAUGGCUACCUUCAUUCAAGCUAGUAUUUACAAUGGCGACUGGCUUAGCCUGCGUGAGCGCUUCAGGACCAAGGAAUCAAAGAGCCAGUUACUGCCUAACAAAGGUUCAGGUGAUUUUGGGAUGAAGAGCAAGUGUGUGGUUAUUCCUAGGACAGAUGGAAAUGUGAACUACUACUGUGAAAUCUUUGAACAUUGCCGAGUAGAGCUUGCUCAUGCAGAAGAUCAGAAGGCUCCAAAAAUUGGUAUACAAGAUAUCUUGUCAGGGAGAGUUGAACCUCAUGGGAAAUUUGAUCUUGUGCUGUGGAGAUCUCAUUUGCCGCCUUAUUACAGCUACAUAUAUAGCUCCGAGAUUCAUGAGUUCAAGUCUGCAACUACCUGCAGGAUUAGGCUCCGUCAGAAGAGAAAGAUUUAG